UUGCAGAUUUCUUCAAGUAUUACAUCCGGUUUGGUGAGAUCUUGUCGAAAUUUCACCUGCGCAUGUUUUCUCCUUUGGCUUCGUAGCUAACGUUACGCCGUGUCCAGGUAUGAGCGCAGUUAUUCCUCGGAUAGAGCAGCUGUCUGCGAGAGUUGUUCGGGUUUUGGGGUGCAACCCUGGACCGAUGACCCUGCAGGGAACCAACACUUACCUGGUCGGCACUGGGGAAAGGCGUGUGCUGAUAGACGCUGGGGAACCUGCUGUGCCUGAAUACAUCAGCAGUCUGAAACAGGCACUGCGGAUGUUCAACACCAGCAUCCAGGAGAUCAUCAUCACGCAUUGGCAUCUUGACCACACAGGCGGAGUGGAAGACAUCUGCAGGGACAUCACUGGUUCUGAGAUCCAAGUCAGCAAACUGCCUCGUUCCAGCCAAGUCAGAGAGACGGCCGGAAACAAAAGCUUUACUUACCUAAAAGAUGGAGACGUCGUGGAGACGGAGGGGGCCACGCUCAAAGUGCUGUUCACCCCGGGCCACACUGACGACCACAUGGCCUUGCUGCUGGAGGAGGAGCGGGCGCUCUUCUCUGGAGACUGCAUCCUGGGCGAAGGCACGGCCGUGUUUGAGGAUCUCCACGACUACAUGAAGUCUCUGAAGGUCCUGCUGGACUCUCAGGCCGACCUCAUCUACCCUGGUCAUGGACCGCUGGUUCAGGAUGCUGGCUCUAAGAUCAGACACUACAUCAGCCACCGGGACGAAAGAGAGCAGCAGAUCCUGGCAGCCAUUCAGGAUGGAGCAGGAAAGCCUUUCUCCUCCAUGGAGCUCGUCAAGAUCGUGUAUAAGGACACCCCUGAAUACCUGCACCAAGCCGCUAAUGUGAACCUGGUCCACCACUUAAAGAAACUGGAGAAAGAAGGCAAGAUCAGCCUGGUGAACGAAUCUUCACAGAACGUCAAAUGGAAGAGUAACCUGUGAUGUCCACAGAGACGGAGAAGAAACGCACCAGUUGACCCUCUGAAAUCCAUGUGGUCGACAGCUGAUGAUUUCUAGAACAUGAUCACCGUUCCGCAUGGUGUGUGUGUGUGUGUGUGUGAUCGAAUCGCUCAGAUGUGCUGAUUGACAGAUGUGAGUGAACAAUCAGGGAUGGUAUUCACACUUGUUACCUUGGAUGUUUGCUGACUCAGAGUACACAGAGUAAGACCAAUGAUGGCAGUCACCAGGAUUAAACUACAACCUGCGCCAGAGUUCACAAAGCCAACAUUUGCCUGAAGGUCAGCUGAAUUUUGCCCGUGGCAGAAUGGAGGAUCAGCCCCACCCUGUGAUGUCACAAAUGUGCCACAGUGACCUGUUCUUGCCUGAAUCAAAUGGCCUAAAUUCCCAAAUCCUGCUGCCUCUGCUGCAAGUUGCAGACUCUACCUCAGUGUGGUCUGCCAGACAAGAUUUUGUCAAAGUUAUCUUAAAGUGUGUGCUUAUGAUUUCAGUAGUACACACAGUACUGCAAGUUCUAUAGUAAUAUACAUUAUGUACAGCACACAUUAUAGCGUGUGUCACUGAGUUUGCUUAAAUGGGUCAAGCCUUGAGGGUGACUGAUCUGGAAAUGUUCUGGUAAAGAAGUUCUGCUUGUUGAGUAUUUGUCACGCACAUGUUCCUGGUGUGUGUUCACUCUGUCUCGGGAUGGGGUUUUACUUUCAUACUGGACAGGCUUGUCGUGGACGUCUGUUGUGUUGUGAAGGCACACCUGUGGAGCUGCACUGGGUCAGUAGGUUGAAGGACUAAGGCUGAGAGUAGAGUUGGGGAAUUAAAUCCAAUUCGGUGACUGUUGAAUGUGACGUAUGCUUUCACAUGACGAGAUAAAUAUUUCUGCCUGAUUCCUGUGUAUUUUGUAAUAUCUCAGUCUUGAUAAUUAAUCUGCACAGACUUUCUGUCAGCCACUAGGUGGCAGUGUGACCUAAUUAAUGUUAACAGGAGACAAUAAGUAACAUUUAAAUUAUGCUUAUAAUAUUGCAACACACGCAGACAUUACAAAUGUGCUCAGUUUGUUGAGAACAAUGCGUGUAAAGUGUUUGUUAAAUAUCAUUGAAUGAUGAACAGAG